AUGGCAACACAAGACAUAUUGGAAGAUGAUGAUGAUGAGAUGAUGAAAUGCAUAUGCCCUUUUACUAGUUUUGUUCAAGUAAAUGGUGGUUCUACUUCCAUUAAUGAAGAUUGGAAUGAGGAUGAAAACUGGGCUAGAUUGUGGAAUUUAGACAUGGUGACACCACUCUUGUUCUUGAACCUUGUGAUGUAUAUAAUUGUCUUGGGUUUUGCUAGUUGGUGCUUGAACCACUUCAUCAAUGGACAAUCUCACUAUCCUGGGGUGGCCGGAAAUGGAGCAACAUUCUACUUCCUAGUCUUCGCAAUCCUCGCCGGAGUUAUCGGUGUGGUUUCAAAGCUCGCCAGUGCUUCUCAUAUUAGGGUUUGGAGGAAUGACAGCCUUGCUGCAGCUUCUUCUUCUUCUCUCAUUGCAUGGGCCAUCACUGCCCUUGCUUUUGGGUUGGCAUGCAAGGAGAUACAUUUGGGAGGAUAUAGAGGAUGGAGACUUAGGGUUUUGGAGGCUUUCAUUAUAAUAUUAACUUUGACUCAGUUGAUUUACGUGGUGUUAUUGCAUGCAGGCAUGUUUAGUGGCAAAUAUGGACCUGGUUACACUGAUCCAGAUUAUGGUCAUGAACAAGUUCCAAAGGGCAGUACUGGUGUUGCCACCAGAGCUUAA